AUGUCUACAUUCAACUACCUUUUGGAAGAGAAUGAUGUUGUAGGAUCAUUAUCGGAAACCAGCAAUUCUGAAGCCAAAGAAGAAAUAUCUACAAACACAUCCAAUUCAACUUUUUUAACCGAUGACCAAUUUACUAAUCUUGAUUUGUGUGAACCACUCACAAGAGCGCUAUCAGAACUUUCUUUUACUUAUAUGACACCUGUUCAAUCCCAUUCAAUUCCAAUUGCUUUGGAUGGUAAAGAUUUACUUGUUCAAGCUAAUACUGGAAGUGGUAAAACAUUGGCUUUCCUCUUGCCAUGUCUGGAAGCAUUACAUAGAGCUAAAUUCAAACCAAGAAAUGGAACAGGUGUUAUUGUUGUGAGUCCUACUAGAGAAUUGGCCAUUCAAACCCAUGCUGUUUGUAAAUCAUUAAUGACAUUUAUGCCACAAACUUCUUGUUUGUUAGUUGGUGCUCAAUCGCUACAAGAACAAGUUGAAACUCUUGGAAAGGGUUGUUCUGUUGUGAUAGCCACUCCAGGUCGCUUACUGGACCACCUAUUCGGUACAACAAGAUUUAUGCAUUCCAAUUUGAUUUCACUUGUAUUGGAUGAUAUUGAUUUUAUGGUGGGAAUGGGAUUUGAGCAAGAAUUGAAAGAAAUUGCUAAAAUGCUAUCAUAUACAAGAAUACAAACACUCAUAUUCUCUAACAUUACUCAAAAUACAAAGAUUGCCGAAAUAUUACCAGAGAAAACGGAUUUUGCUGUUAUUAGAAUUGAAAAAAGUCAAGAAACGGAAUAA